CGUUACCGUUCGAUUUUAUUUUAUUUUAUCUUCGUGUUUAUGUUGAUGCGGAUGCUUCAUGGUUCAAAUUUUAAAACUAAACUAAAUGAAGCUAAGCAGCCGAUGUUAAGAUGAGUUUUUCGAGCGACGAAGUUAACUUCUUGGUUUAUAGAUACUUGCAGGAAUCCGGGUUUCAACAUUCCGCCUAUACGUUCGGCAUAGAAUCCCACAUUUCGCAAUCUAACAUAAACGGGGCCUUGGUACCGCCCGCGGCCCUCUUGAGCAUCAUACAAAAAGGCCUCCAGUACACCGAAGCCGAAAUCAGUAUAGGAGAAGAUGGGACUGAACAAAGACUGGUGGAAAGCCUCAGUUUAAUAGACGCCGUGAUGCCGGACGUGGUAGCCAGCAGGCAAAAUCAACAAAACCAACAAAAACAAGCCAUUAAGGCCGAACAAAACGAGACCAACGGAGAAGAAGCGGUCGUUUCGACUCAAAACGAAACUAUGGAAGUCGAUACAUCCAUAGAAAUCCCUUCUUCUAAGGCAACGGUACUGAGAGGUCACGAAUCGGAGGUAUUUAUUUGCGCCUGGAAUCCCACGACUGAUUUACUAGCAAGCGGUUCUGGUGAUAGUACUGCUCGAAUUUGGGACAUGUCCGAUAACACGGCCAGCCCGAAUCAGUUAGUACUGAGACAUUGCAUACGAAAAGGAGAAACCGAGGUUCCUAGUAAUAAGGAUGUUACUUCUUUAGACUGGAAUUGCGAUGGCAGUUUGUUAGCUACAGGAAGUUACGAUGGUUACGCUCGUAUAUGGACCAAUGACGGUCGCUUAGCGAGUACUUUAGGACAACACAAAGGACCUAUUUUUGCUCUAAAAUGGAACCGAAGGGGAAAUUACAUUCUAUCUGCAGGAGUGGAUAAAACGACGAUUAUUUGGGAUGCUGCGAGCGGUGAGUGCACCCAACAAUUCAGUUUCCACUCCGCCCCGGCCUUAGACGUGGACUGGCAGACGAAUACAUCGUUUGCAAGUUGUUCGACAGAUCAGUGCAUUCACGUGUGUAAGUUGUUUAUGGACAAGCCUAUUAAAUCGUUCCAAGGACACACCAAUGAAGUAAACGCCAUAAAGUGGGAUCCGCAAGGUCAAUUGUUGGCCUCUUGUUCCGAUGAUAUGACGCUUAAAAUUUGGUCCAUGAAGCAGGAUACAUGUGUUCACGAUUUGCAGGCUCAUUCAAAAGAAAUUUACACAAUAAAAUGGUCCCCCACUGGUCCUGGAACUCAAAAUCCGAAUAUGAACCUUAUCUUGGCAUCCGCUAGUUUUGAUUCAACUGUGAGAUUAUGGGACGUUGAAAGGGGAGCUUGCAUCCACAGACUCACAAAGCAUACUGAGCCCGUUUAUUCGGUAGCGUUCAGUCCAGAUGGUAAAUUUCUGGCUAGUGGGAGUUUCGAUAAAUGUGUCCAUAUUUGGUCCACUCAAUCAGGUCAGCUGGUCCACAGUUACAAAGGCACCGGGGGUAUAUUUGAGGUAUGUUGGAAUUCGAGAGGGGACAAAGUGGGAGCUAGUGCUUCUGAUGGCAGUGUUUUCGUCUUAGAUUUGCGUAAACUCUAACAGUAGCGAGAGUUGAGCAACUUCAUAAAUAUAUUAAGUGUUUUUAAUUUUUACUCAAGUUAUUGGGUAUGGAAAAUUUAUCAUUUAUCUACAAUAGGUAAAUUAUUUUAACGUUUAGAUUUAACACUAUAUUAUAGCUUAAGUUGUACGUUUAUAGCAUAAAAAUUUUAUAGUUUUGAGUAUAAGUAUAAUUCGUU